GAUCCCCCGGCAGGCCGGCAACUGGCUCGGCCUACUCAUCGUGGUCACUUUCGGGAGUUCGCUGGACGUAGCAGCAAUCCAAGCUGAGAUACCCUACCGCUUGGACUUCAACAGCGAAAUGCGGAUGAUAGGCAUCAGCAAUCUCUUAGCCGGCAUAUCAGGAGGCAUGACUGGCAGUUACAUUUUCUCGCAGACGAUUUUCAUUAAGGCUCGUCGUUAACCAGUUACUAUUACAUAAAUUCCUCCACAACCAUCCCGCACUCUGCUCUUUCUAGUAGGAAAGAGGUGGGGGCUCAUGUUCUUCUCAGGAGUGUUGUAAUGUGGCGACCUCUAAUUUCAGCCUGAAAUCUCAAGUUACCUCAGCUCUGUGUGGG